UGUGUGAGUCGCUCAUGAGCAUCAAAGAAGAUUCAUUAUCCUCGGCCUGAAUUUUUGUUUAGAAAAGAAGCACAAGGUAGUUCCCUUCCAGACCAAACAUCCAUGGUCAUAGCUUUUGAGUGUUCUGGAAGAAUAUUGCAUGUGUUCCCCCUCCUCUAUGCUCCUGGCUUGACCCAGAGGGCAAGAAGAAAUAAUGGUGAUGACAUCUGAUAGGACUGCGGUGUUCAUUCCCUUCCAUUGUUGAAUCCCAGUUCUUGCCCCCUAGUUUCUUUUUGCCAUUGUCCUGAGAUUUGGCGUUGUUUUUUGUUGGGGUUUUAUUUUCCCCCAUCCUGAUGAGGGCACCACUGCAGACCAUGCUGUGCCUGGGGUUGUGGGCAGCUGCCCUGCUCUGCUUGUUUUCCCCUGGCACUGUGCGAGGUGACUGCUGGCUGAUUGAGGGGGACAAAGGGUAUGUGUGGCUGGCCAUCUGCAGCCAGAACCAGCCCCCGUAUGAGACCAUCCCCCAGCACAUCAACAGCACAGUGCACGACUUGCGUCUGAACGAGAACAAGCUCAAGGUGGUGCUGUACUCCUCCCUCAACCGCUUCGGCAACCUGACUGAUUUGAACCUGACCAAGAAUGAGAUCUCCUACAUUGAGGAUGGGGCUUUCAUGGGUCAGUCAAACCUCCAGGUCCUGCAGCUGGGCUACAACAAACUCACCAACCUGACAGAGGGCAUGUUGCGGGGCAUGGCCCGCCUCCAGUUCCUCUUUGUGCAGCAUAACCUAAUAGAGCUGGUCACCCCCACUGCCUUCUCUGAGUGCCCCAGCUUGAUUAGCAUUGAUCUGUCAUCCAACCGCCUCAGCCGUCUGGAGGGCAACACUUUCACCAGCUUGAGCAACCUGAUGGUGUGCGAGCUGGCUGGCAACCCCUUCAACUGUGACUGUAGCCUCUACGGCUUUCUUAACUGGCUGGCUCUCUUCAACAACGUCACCAAGAACUAUGACCGCCUCCAGUGUGAGACUCCACGGGAGUUUGCUGGGUAUCCGCUUCUGGUGCCUCGGCCUCACCACAACCGCAAUGCCAUCACCAUCUUCCAGUCCAUGUGCAGAGGAGGCACCAUCCCCUCUCUCUCCAGGGUCAACCCAACUCCUUACACCCCUGACUCCCAGCGAGAUCUGGAUGAGGGGUCAGCCAUCAGCCCUGGGGAUUUCCUCUCAGUCAAGCCUCCAGCCUCUUCCACCACUGACUCCUCCUUCAGUCCCAGCAUCAAGCUACAUGAUGUCACAAUCACUUCAGCCAUCCUGAUGGUCACCAUCCCCAUGCCCUACAGUAAGAUGUAUGUGUUGGUCCAAUACAACAACAGCUACGUUUCUGACAUAGCAACACUGAAGAGCAAGAAGGAAUAUGUCACUGUCAACAAGCUGAAGGCCCACACUGAUUAUACAUUCUGUGUGGCCUCUAUCCGCAACAACAGGCGUUACAACCAUACUUGCCUGACCUUUGCAACCCGGAGCAAAGGCAGGGAGGAUCCUAUUUCCAGUACUUCCACCACUACACACUAUAUUAUGACCACCCUGGGUUGCCUUUUUGGGAUGGUCAUUGUCCUGGGGGUGGUGUACUACUGCCUGCGGAAGCGGAGGAUGCAGGAGGAGAAACAGAAGUCACUCAAUGUCAAAAAGACCAUUCUAGAAAUGCGUUAUGGAUCAGAUAUUGAUACCAGUACCAUGGUUCACCCUUCCCAGAAGCUGGGUGAGCCACCUGUCAUUCCUGUCUCACGGAUGUCCUCCAUCCCUUCCAUGAUUGGGGAGAAGUUGCCCCCGUCAAAGUCAAUGGAUGCUGGGAUGGAGACUCCUAAAGUCACCACUAAAGGUAACUACAUUGAGGUGCGGACAGGUGGUGGGGAUGGGCUGGAGAGAACCCAGCGAGAUGAGGACCUGAGGGAGCUUGACAAUGGGCAAGGCUCAGCUGCUGAGAUCUCUACUAUAGCCAAGGAGGUAGACAAGGUCAACCAGAUCAUCAACAACUGUAUUGAUGCCCUCAAGCUGGACACAGCAUCUUUCCUGGGUGGUGGGACUGGUGUUGACUCAGAUAUGGCCUUUGAGUGCCAGUCCAUCCCAGCCGGUUCCUCAAGUGGGCUAGAGCGGCCCAGCUUUCUUUCCCCACCCUACAAGGAAAGCUCCCACCACCCUUUGCAGCGCCAGCUCAGUGCUGAUGCUGCGGUGGCCAGAAAGACCUGCAGCAUCUCCUCUAGUGGCUCCAUCAAGAGCGCCAAGGUCUUCAGCUUGGAUGUGCCUGACCACCCACCACUCAGCAAGUCUGACUCCAAAUACAUUGAGAAGGGCAGCCCACUAAACAGCCCUUUGGAUCGUCUUCCCUUGGUGUCUCCAAGCGCCAUCCACCACUUGGAGGUCAAGCCUUCUUACCAUUGCAGUGAGCACCGUCACUCCUUCCCGGCCCUGUACUAUGAGGAAAGUGCUGACACCCUGAGCCAGCGGGUGUCAUUCCUCAAGCCACUGUCCCGGUCCAAGCGAGACUCCACGUACUCCCAGCUGUCCCCCAGACACUACUUCUCGGGCUACUCUUCCAGCCCCGAGUACUCCUCAGAGAGCACCCACAAGAUCUGGGAGCGAUUCCGGCCUUACAAGAAGCAUCACAGGGAGGAGGUUUACAUGGCAGCUGGGCAUGCCCUGCGGAAGAAAGUUCAAUUUGCCAAGGACGAGGAUCUGCAUGACAUCCUGGAUUACUGGAAAGGAGUCUCUGCUCAGCAGAAGCUGUGACUCUUCCUCACAAGGAAACAAUACAAACCAAGACCCCCCCCUCCAACAACCAGAAAAAAAAAAGCCACUUGACUGUGAAAAAUAAACCAACA